AACAAGUUCCGGGUAACGUGUGUGGUCGGAUGAACUCAGCCCGUCGGCCCAAGAAAAACAACACUGUUUGGUGCCGUGGCUAGCGACUGUUGAAGAGCUUGUAUUUACCGACUUUCACAAUGGCAAAGAAAGCGGAGGACUUCGGAUAUUUCUGGCUGUGAUUACGUUAAUCACAUCUAAUACUACACUCCAUCCCUAGAUCUGGAUAGUCUCUUUAGCCAUGUCGUCACGUGUGUUGCUGCGGCAGCAGCUGAUGCGAGAACAAGCCCAGGAGCAGGAGAGACGUGAGGCCCAGCAGCAGGCCUCUGUCUCUCAGCUGCGGGGCUCUGACUCCACUCCAGCCAUCUCUGUCACAAUGCCCCCAAAUGUUGCCCGCCCCCCUCCGGCACAGGUGCCUGUGGAGGUGCUGAAAGUGCAGACCCACUUGGAGAACCCCACCAAGUACCACAUCCAGCAGGCACAGAGGCAACAGGUGAAGCAGUACCUCUCCACCACUCUGGGCAACAACGCAGUUACCCAGACCAUGGGUGUGUCCCCUGUACUGCAUUCCAGUUCUGCCCCUGAUGUUGCUCCUACUGCAAACAGUGCACCUAACAGUCCUAUGGCUCUGCUUAACAUCGGAUCCAACAAGGAGGAAAUUGACGAUGUGAUCGACGACAUCAUUAGUCUUGAAUCCAGUUUUAAUGACGACAUCAUUUCUCUGAUUGACUCAGGACUUCAGUUGCCUAGCACCCUCCCAGGAAAUCUGUUGGAUGUAUACAACAGCCCUGGAAUGGCAGCACCUACUCUCACUGCCAGCAACUCCUGCCCUGCUGAUCUUCCACAAAUUAAAAGGGAAAUUACUGAUUCAGAUGUCAAAGCAAUAAUGAAAGAAAGGCAGAAGAAAGACAAUCACAACCUCAUUGAGAGGAGGCGGAGAUUUAACAUCAACGACCGUAUAAAGGAGCUGGGCACUCUGAUACCCAAGUCGAGUGAACCAUAUCACAACGAUGUCAGCGAAAUGCGCUGGAAUAAAGGCACCAUCCUGAAAGCUUCCGUCGACUACAUCAGGAAGUUGCAGAAGGAGCAGCAGAGAGCCAAGGAUAUCGAUAUGCGUCAGAAAAAGCUGGAGCAUGCAAACCACAGUCUAAUGUUACGCAUCCAGGAGCUGGAAAUUCAGGCGCGGCUCCACGGCCUGCACACUGACCCCUCUCUGCUCCAUCAGCAGCAAGUCCCACAGAGCGGUCCGUCUCUGCCUCCCAGUGCAGGGGGGCUCUCCUCCCAAAACCUCCUCAGUCUGGGCGCGGCAGGCAUCGGACAGGGUCUGCCGGCCUCCUUCUUGUCCCCGCCCUCCUCAGACUCUCCCGCAGGAGUCACCAUCAGCGGCCCCCUGGACCUGGGUAGCCUCAGCUUUGCCGAGCUAGACGACGUCUCUGCCUCAGCGUUCUACCCCGACGUGAGCUUGGGAGACAUUCUUAUGGACGAGGGGUGCACCCUGUCUCCGGGGAGGGGGGCUGAGCCGCUCUUUUCUCCUUUGUCACCAGGUGCCUCGAAAACCAACAGUCGCAGGAGCAGCCUCGAAAUGGACGAGGACUUGUGAUGCGCCCUGUGUGGUGGUCAGAGACUGUCUGUAGGGACAAGAAUGUCAGGAAGCGCAGUCUAUCCCUGAAUAACAUCAGUCUAUUUAUUUGACUGUAGAAAUUAACUUAGAAACUUUAAGAUCAAAACUAACAAACAUUGGACAAACGUUCUUUCUAAUUUCUUUUGCCAUACAGACCUAAUUAUUAUUGUUCCUAUUUGGAGCUGUUCAGAUGAUCAUGUCUGGGUUUUUUUAAAUGCAAUCUUAUUAAAAAUGGGAUAUUGUAUAAUAGGGGCAUGGAUUUAGCAUUAAGCGAUAAUACAUUCUGAAAUAGUUUUUAAGAUUUUACUUCAGAGAUUUAAGAGGGAUAUAAAGUUUGCUUGAAUUUAUUAUGUGCUCAUUUUUAGGGAAGGAAGCUGUGAGGUGUCACCGGCACAACAAACUGAUUAAGAGAUGCCGACAGACAGUAUAUUUUGUUGUUGUUUUUUCAACUGACUGGAAUCAGGGUUUGUUCAUAGCAGUCGCAUGCUCAUCCAUGUUGGGUUGUUUCACCAGCAGCUACAGAAGGGAUCUAUGUAAGGUGAAUUGGCACAUUGUGAAAUAUUUACUGCAUAUUGUAUAUAAGAAUAUUUUAUUUUGAGCAAUUUUAUUGCACCUUAUUUUAUGGCAGUCUAUGCAUUUUAUGAGAGCUUUUGUCUGUUUUUAUUACUAUCACACACAGUGGACGGCGGAUGCCCAGGGUCGCAUGUAUUUGUAAUGAAAAUUAAAAGCAAUGGAAAAUCACUUGCUGCUGCAGCUAGUUAGCCAAAGCAGGACUUCUUCCAGAGUAGCUACAAAUUACAAAUCAGCGUUUUUAUUUUUUGAAUAUAUUGACUCAGUCAUGAAAGUGCAAGACAGUAUGAGAACAAUUUCAUCUUUUUACAACAGUACUGUAGUUCAUUACAAUAGUCUUUUGAUACCUGAACAAUAGUUUGAUAAGUAGCUUCUCCUGACUAAUAUCUGUGUUGUCCGUGAUUGUUUGUCUCUGUUAACCUUGGUGGUCACUGGGUGAUUUUACUGAUUAUCAUGUUCUACCAAGAUUAUGGCUUCUGUCUUUUUUUGGACGUUCAAAAGUGAUGUAUCUAAUAAUGCAUUAUGGCUCAUUGUAGUUUGAAUUCAGAGGGCUUCGACCUUCUUUUAAAGCAACCACUAGCCUCACGUCUGUUAUGAUAAGGUAUAACUGUUUGUCGUGUGAAAUUUGCAAUGCAAUUAUUAUUCAAUAAAAUAGCCACAAAGUUUAGAAAGGCAUUUAAUUUGUCAGAUGCUCAACGCGACCUUGUGUACAGUAAAUGAAUGUGUGUUUGAAAAAGAACCUGUCGUUUUUUGUUUUUUUUAACACUGACAUACUGUUUUGUUUUUUACCUUCGACAUAACCUCCAAGUUAUUGAUUUUCUUAUACUUUAAACUAUUCAGCAGCCAAACAUAUUUUUACUUGUUUGGUGGUAACAGUGAUUUUAAGGUGUCCUCUUUAGUUUUUGAGCUAAAAUGAGUUCAUUUUAGCUCAAAAGUGAUUUGCGUUGUUCCUGGUCCCAUAAGAUUAAUGGUGAGCUUUUUCCACUCAUACUUAAUCGCUCUCCACGAUAUUAACCAUGUCUUACCUUGACAUAUAUUUGAGUGCUAACAUUGACUGUUAACCAUAAACAGGUAGCAUUUGUGUCUUGUCCCUACAAGUUGGCUUUCAGAAAGAUUUUAACAAAUAAAUUAUUCCCAUUUA